AUGCCGACCACAAGUGUUGAAUUCGCUACGCGCUCGAUCUCUGUCGAUACGAAGACGAUCAAGGCGCAAAUCUGGGAUACUGCGGGUCAGGAACGCUACCGUGCGAUCACAUCUGCGUACUACCGUGGAGCGGUUGGCGCGCUGCUGGUGUACGAUAUCAGCAAGCAUCAGACAUACGACAAUGUGACGCGGUGGCUUAAGGAGCUACGGGAUCAUGCGGAUGCGAACAUUGUGAUCAUGCUUGUGGGCAACAAGAGCGAUCUCCGUCAUCUGCGAGCGGUUCCGACUGAAGAGGCCAAGCAGUUCGCCAGUGAAAACAACCUCUCAUUUAUCGAAACAUCUGCUUUGGACGCCAGCAACGUUGAGCUUGCCUUCCAGAACAUCCUCACCGAAAUCUAUCGCAUCGUAUCGAGCAAGGCCCUCGAUCAGGGCGAACAGGGUCAAGGGGCGCCUGGUAGCGGUGUGAAGAUUGACAUGACGCCUUCAGGAACGCCAGAUCAAAAGGGCAACAAGUGCUGCUGA